ACAAACUCUAGGGAAAGUUUUGAACGCGCUCAGGAAUGGGUAUCUGAGUGUUUGAAAACGCACACCUGCCCAAAACCUGAUACGGAAAGAGUCCUGCUACCAAAAAGGUUGCUUAUGGUUGAGGGUGCUCAAGAUGAAACUAUCAGAUUGAUAGAGACCCGAGGCGAUGAGUACCCCUACGUCUGCUUGAGUCAUCGCUGGGGAGAUCCUAUACACAAACAACUCAAAACAACUACACGAACACUCGAAAGCCACAUGAAGAAUAUUGAGUGGGAGAGUCUACCUGUAACAUUCAAGGAUGCGGUGACAGUUUGCCGGUCAAUGAAUGUAAAGUAUCUCUGGAUCGACAGCUUAUGUAUUCUACAGAGUUUUGCGGAAAUAACACCCAGCGAACUUGAAGAUACUCGGCAUGACUUUGCCCUAGAGAACUCCAAUAUGGCGAGGACAUAUCAGAAUUCUCACUUCACCAUCUCCGCCGAUCUCUCAGACCACAUGGACAGUGGUUUCUUUUCCAGAGAUCCCGUUCACGAGUACAAAAGGGAUGUCAUAACUGAUGACGGCAGUGUAGCUUCUGUAUACAUCAGGAAGCCCCUCAACCACUACCAAGAGGCUAUCCCAAGUUUGGAGACACGCGGCUGGACUCUUCAGGAAUUCCUUCUUCCACCGCGUGUGCUUCACUUUGGUGCAUUUGACAUCACGUGGAGAUGCAAAACAUGCAUUACCUGCGGAUGCGGACAUCUAGAUCGACGCAAGAGGCAACAGGCGGCCUGGCAUCGAUAUCAUUUCAUCGAAAGAGCUGCCAGACCUCCCCCGGACAAUGAAACAAGGGCUCUCGAGUGGUGGGAGCAAGUAGUCCAUGAAUACACGAGCCGCCAACUAACCAACGGCGCUGAUAAGCUUCCGGCGCUGUCAGGCCUAGCACAGCAGCGGAAGCAAGUCAGAGGCGGGGUUUACCUCGCAGGCUUAUGGCAGGACACUCUUAUCCAUGAUCUCUGCUGGUACCAUGUCUCGAAUUACAACGACCCCAGAUCCGGUGGUGUAGGCCACAGACCUGGGUACUAUCGUGCACCUUCGUGGUCCUGGGCUAGUGUUGAUACUGAUUCAGGCUGUAGCUGGUGGUGGAUCGGGCCAAUCUUGCUUCACUCACUUAUGGUCGGCGAGGAGCCGCAGCAAGCAUGUAAUAUUGUCCAAGCUAGCUGUGAACCCUCGACGAGUGAUUCCACAGGCGAGGUUCGGAGUGGGUACCUGGAUAUAAAGACAUCGUUGGCAUCAGCUGAGAUAACCCAGGAUCCUGGAGGACAAGUCUUGUGGACCAUUCACAAUCUUGACCCCUCGCUUAGGCUGGAGUUCUUCAAGCCUGAUUGCGCACUUGAGGACGAUGAUCUGAACUUGGGGGAUCAAAUCUUUUGUGCUCCAAUUGCUGGUAUCGAGAUUAGGGAUCGAGUGGAUUGUGCUUGUCUGGCUUUGAAACGGAUUGACGGCGAUGUGUAUCAACGAGUUGGGUUCUGCACUAUCAGUGGAAGUCCAGACCUUCGAUGUCGCCCCGAAGGUAUUAUAGAACCAGAACUGGAGAACUUUGCGUGGCCGGGCAAUGAACAAACGCAGAUCAGGAUUAUAUAAUCGGCCUGGAAAUGAAUGGUACAAUAGUUUUAUGUUAUAUUCAUUAAGCUAGUAACGGAAC